AUGUCCUUACUCCCAGACCCCGACUCGGACGAUCGCGAGCUCGUGUACGAGAGAGAUUCGUCGUCGAGCGCGAUUCACACACACGCGGAGGGCGAAGGAUUCUUUCGUCCGCAUCGCGAUGUCCCGUUCGCCCGGGCGUUCGUCGCGACCGCCGUGACUACAAUGGCAAUAGGCAUCGCCGCCAGCUUUGGGCGCGCGCGGGAUUUCGAGGCGUUGACGAGCGACGCGCACGUUUCGAAAUGGUCCAGUUGUCACGAUGCGACGACCGGGAACGGCGCGUUGAGACGCUCAUUGAUGGAGGACGACGACGCGGAGGUGGGACAGGGGCUGCGCAUGGCGCAGCCGUUCAUUCUGGCGGCGGCGCUAGGGGCGAUCGGGUUAGGAGCGUUGGCUUUACACGCGUUUCAGAGACAUCCGAGAGCGGCGACGUGGGGAAUGAUCUACGCGAAGGCCGGUUCGUUGUUCGCGAUGUCCAUCGCGCUCGCGAGUGCGGGGGCGAUCGUUCCUUGUGUGAUCUUCGCGUUGUUGGGUGGGUUCUUUUUGUAUUGGAUGCAAAGGACGAGCGAAAGGGUGGAGCUCGUGGCGAAACUGUUGGGCGCAGCGAGCGCUUCGUUGAAGGACAACCCGCACUUGAUCACCACGAGUCUCAUCGCGGGCGCGGGCGUGGUCACUUCUAUAAUCGUGUUCUUCUUCUGUAUCUUCGCCGCGUUUGAGAACGGGGGGAUCCGGCCUGGAGAUUUUGCGACAAGGAGCGGCGACGUGUGCUACGAUGGACCCGUGGGCGAUGCGUUGACUCAAGUUGUCCCAUGUUGUGAGUGGCGACCAGACUCGUGGGUGCCGUGGUACGUUACCCAGGUCAUGCUAGUCGCGAUGUGGUCUUGGAUGAUCGCGGCCGAGAUUCGCACUUUCGUUAUCGGUGGUGUCGUCUCCAGGUGGUACUUUGCCCCAGUCGGGACAACACAAUUUGUGGGAACGACUCGAGAGUUCGUCGGUCACGCCUUCGGCCCAAGCUUUGGCUCGCUCGCGUUCGGCGGAUUAGUCUUGACUGGGGUGCAGAUUCUUCGCAACCUGAACGAGAGGUUGCGGCGCGAGAGUCGAGGCGCUUUAGCGAUUUUGGCGUGCGUCGUCACCAUGAUCAUGGAUUGCGUUGCAGAGUUGGUUGAGACAGUUACAAAAUUUGCCACGAUUCAGUGUGCCAUCACGGGCGAAUCGCUCUGCGACGCAGGACGAGAGGUCACUCGACUGUUAAAGGAUAACUUUUUGAGCGCUGUGCGCGUGUGGUGGCUGCCGGAAAUGAUUUUGAACAUGGCAGCGUUCUUCAUUUCGGUCUUUUACGGCACCACCGUGGGCAUCUUCGUCGACAUUGGCGACAGAUUCUCGCAAACGACGGCGAUAAGCGUAGGAUUUAUCGCGGGCGUCUCAUCGCUCGUCGUCCUUGGCUUCCUGUUCUCCGUCCUUCUUACCUGCGUCGAUGCAGUUUUCAUUUGUUACGCUCGCGACAAGGAUCAAAACACAGUCACCAAGCCAGACAUCGUCGAAAUCUACGAUGAGGUCACAGAAAAAACGCGCGACCCAAUCAUCGCGGUGGAGGCCGCGGCGGCGACGAGUCGACCGCGCUCGCAAUUGCCGAGUGAGGCAGGGGUCGUUUUGCAGCAUCCAGGCGCUCCAACAAUGGCGUACGGAAGGCCCGAUAACUCUCGUUAA